UGUGUCCCCAGCCAUGGCCGAGUACCACAGCCUGCUGGACGAGCUGGCCCAGAACAGCCGUGUCGCUGUCCCAUGUCCCUGAUGUCCCCAUGUCCCUGAUACCCCCGCAUGUCCCCAUGUCACUGAUGUCACCCUGAUGUCCCCUGUGUCCCCUGUGUCCCCAGCCAUGGCCGAGUACCGCAGUCUGCUGGACGAGCUGGCCCAGAACAUCACGGCCGAGGACCUGGAGCAGCUCAAGUCCGCGUGCCGCGAGGACAUCCCGAGUGGCGAGGGGGACRCCAUCGCCACCGGCCACCACUGGUUCGCCUUCCUGGAGCGCCACAGCAAACUGGACCGAGGUGUGGCCCUGGGGACAUCCUGAGCCACUGCCACUGUCCCCU